UAAAGGCUUUGGAGCAAUGGCGGUAGAUCAACUUAAGGGAAUUAGGGUCAGCUUUGUAGACAAGUCCUCCAAAGAAAUAAUAAAUCAGCUCCUGGAUGACCUCCUGUGGGAUAGCGUCUUCAAUUAUGGGGAGAAAGACUCAAUACUGGAGGAGAAAAAGACCCGCGCAGACAAGGCUCGCGCUCUCGUUGAUUCAGUGUGUAGGAAAGGAAACGAAGCCAGCAGGAAGAUGAUAGCUCACCUUCAACAGAGAGAUCCUACACUCUUCUCCGAGCUGGGUUUGUCCCUUUAACCAGGUAUUUCCCGCAGGAACAUCAGUUCGCCAUGAAUCUUAGUGAAUUAUCUUCACAAAAAGAACUACAUGCAGGUGGAAACAAAUAAUUCAGAUCUAUAAUGUAAAGUGAGUAAUAAUAUCUUCUGCUUUUUCCAGUGGUUGUGACUUUGGUGGAAAAAUGAUGUACAUUCAUCCCAGCUGCUGAUACCCUACGGAAUGAAGAAAGCAACAAUCAAAAAUGUUUAUCAUGAAUUGUCAUUUAUUGUUUUAACCCAAUAUGAUCAGAUUGCAAUAAUUUUCCUUUGCCUUGAUGCUUUAUACAGCACAUUUGAAAACUGACUUUUUUCUGCUGAGUUGCAGAGCAGACUAACAUAAAGUGAAAAGAAUAAAAGCGUUUCAUUGUA